GAUCCCACCUCACGUAGUGUGUUGUUCAUAACACCAAGCACCAUGUCCGUGACCAGGAUCCCAACCAAACCUGAAUAGAAAACAGUAACUACUUCGGGGGGAAAGUCGCACUUUGGGGGCCGAAACCGGCGCCAUUUGGAGCCAAACGCGCAGACAGUCUGCAGACAGUCUGCAGACUGCUGCUGCUGCACCGGGGGAGCUGGAGGUGCUGCUGGAGCUCCACGCUGUGACUCACCGGUGCGCAGAGGUUCACACGCACAAGCAGACGCUUUUUUCCGUCUUUAAAACAAGAGCAAAUCAAAGCCGCAUCUUCACCGGUAAGCGGGGGUCACCUUGACUGGGAUCUAUGGGAAGUCUGGAGCUCAGGUUCUCUCCUCUUCCUCGCGUCGGUGGAGAGGGAGCGCAGCAGGAUCCCAUUCAGGAUUUAUAAAUAUACACUUUCCGAAAAAAGAAUUGUUUUUUUGCGGGUGGGAAGUGGAGGUGGACUGGACCUGUUCACCUGGACGCUCUUCAGCUCGGGGAGGGAGGAGGAGAAGAAACGAAAGAAAUAAAGAAAGAAAAAAGUGAGCAGGCUUUUUUGACUCUGGCUCAGGGUCUCUGGGAGAGAUGGCGGCGUCUGCACCCUCCUCCUCCUCCUCUUCCUCCGGCCCCGGAGAGGAUCCCAACUCGACAAAUUUACGGCCGCCGGGCUCAAGUUAUGAUGCUUGGUGUGGAGUAGCUCAUGGAUGUACAAGAAAAUUAGGCAUGAAGAUCUGUGGAUUCCUGCAGAAGAACAACAGUCUGGAGGAGAGGAGCAGGACGGGGAGCUCCCUGAAGGAGCGCGCGGCCCAGAGCCUCAUGGCCUGCGACAACGCCGGAGGAGACGCGCGUUUCAGGCGGACCGAGACGGACUUCUCCAACCUGUACGCCAGAGAUCUGCUACCGUCAAAGAACGGAGAGGAGACGACCUUGCAGUUCUUGUUGGAGGUCGUGGAAAUCCUCACCAGCUACAUCAGAAAGACCUUUGACAGAUCCACCAAGGUCCUUGACUUCCACCAUCCUCACCAGCUGCUGGAGGGAAUGGAGGGCUUCAACCUGGAGCUCUCCGACCAGCCCGAGUCUCUGGAGCAGAUCCUGGUGGACUGCAGGGACACUCUGAAAUAUGGAGUGAGAACAGGCCACCCCAGGUUCUUCAACCAGCUGUCUACUGGAUUAGACAUCGUGGGCUUGGCAGGAGAGUGGCUCACCUCCACAGCCAACACUAAUAUGUUCACUUAUGAGAUUGCCCCUGUUUUUGUGCUAAUGGAGCAGCUGACGCUCAAGAAGAUGAGAGAGAUAAUUGGCUGGCCGAACGGAGAGGGAGACGGAAUAUUUUCUCCAGGCGGAGCUAUCUCCAACAUGUACAGCGUGAUGAUUGCCAGAUACAAGUCCUUCCCUGAAGUCAAGACCAAAGGCAUGGCAGCUGCACCCAGGCUGGUGCUCUUCACUUCUGAGCAUAGCCACUAUUCCAUCAAGAAAGCAAGUGCAGCUCUGGGAUUUGGAACAGAGAAUCUCGUACUAUUAAAGACAGAUGAGAGAGGGAGAGUCAUUCCUGCUGAUCUGGAGGCAAAAGUAAUCGAGGUCAAGCAAAAGGGCUAUGUUCCGAUGUUUGUGAACGCCACUGCUGGCACCACUGUCUACGGAGCCUUUGACCCCAUCAAUGAGAUCGCAGACAUCUGUGAGAAGUAUAACAUAUGGCUUCAUGUAGAUGGUGCAUGGGGAGGAGGCUUGCUGAUGUCCAGGAGACACAGACACAAGCUGAAUGGAGUAGAAAGGGCGAACUCAGUCACCUGGAACCCUCACAAGAUGAUGGGAGUGCCACUGCAGUGCUCUGCCAUUCUGGUCAGAGAGAGGGGACUUUUACAAGGCUGCAACUCUAUGUGUGCGGGCUACCUGUUCCAGCCAGACAAGCAGUACGAUGUCACUUAUGACACGGGGGAUAAGGCCAUUCAGUGCGGACGCCAUGUUGAUAUCUUUAAGUUUUGGCUCAUGUGGAAGGCAAAGGGAACAGUAGGAUUUGAGCAGCACAUAGACAAGUGCUUGGAUCUGUCGGCGUACCUCUAUGACAAAAUAAAAAACAGAGAGGGAUUUGAGAUGGUGUUCAAGUCAGAGCCACAGCACACUAAUGUCUGCUUCUGGUACAUUCCUCUGAGCCUCCGUGGCAUGCCUGAUGGGAAAGAGAAGCGCGAGAGACUGCACAAGGUGGCUCCCAAGAUCAAGGCCAUGAUGAUGGAGUCGGGUACCACUAUGGUGGGUUACCAACCGCAGGGAGACAAAGUCAACUUCUUUCGCAUGGUCAUCUCGAACCCUGCAGCCACCAGGUCAGACAUCGACUUCCUGGUUGAGGAGAUUGAGCGACUGGGCCAUGAACUGUGAGAGUCUACAGCAGAUCGUACUCUCCGACAUUAACGAGUGCUGAGCUUUGCUGUACCCUUUGUCUUUUCAACACAGUAAUAUUUUUUGCCUACCAGUAUUUUCUGCCAAUGCACAAUUACCAAUAAUGUACCCAGUGUGUUUUUGUCUUUAGCUACGUUGAUGUAUGUAUUGAAAACAUUUGCACAUCUGACAAAAGACAAAACAAAACAAAAAAAGCACAGUGGUAUUCUCGUCUCUUAUGCAAAGUGGGAACAAACCACAAUAAGGUGAUAAAUUGAAAUGGGGUCAUUUUCAUGUAGAAACAAUCUGUUUACAAAGAAAGUGAAAUAUUGUUAGAAAAAGAGCAUUCAGUUACACUCCUAGCACAUUACAUGAUUUUAAGACAUGAACUUGAGACAAGAAUAAGAAAGAAUAAAAAUCUGGGGAUUUAAUCUUUUAUUGUAAUUUUCGGUAAGAAAAUCAUCAAAACUCUGUACAUCUAGCAUUUUCUCUGGAUUUCUGGGGAACAACAUUUUGAUGGAUUUAUCAAUUUUACAUAUGCAAGUUUUCAUAACUGAGGAUUAUAAUAAAAGUAUUAUUUACAGUAGUAUUACAAUAGAGGGGGGAAAGUUGUAAAAGUUAGCAUUGGCAUGACAGCACAGCUUGCUAUUGCAAGCAGAUAGAAAAGCAACACUUGACCAUUUUGUGAUGAUAAAAUGAGUGAGCACCCCUCAAUGCUGGUGUUGUUGAGGUUCAAUGCUGGAGGUUCAUAGCAAUCAGCACUUGUACAUUUUCAUCAGAGACCAGUACUGAGAGCUAAAAAUAUGACCCUGCUUUUUGCAAUCUUAGACGAGCAUUAACUUGUAUUGUAACUGUAGGGGGCGCUGUUUCAUACAGAAUAACCACAAAGAGUCCUGCGACAUUGUUUCCCCAUGAGAAAUUAUUGUCCCUUUUCUUAUUGUUCCAUUUUUUCUAUACAUAUUUUAAAGCAUAUACUUUGCCGGCCCCAAAUGAGGUGUGGAGACUUUUAAAAUAUGAAUCUUGAAAAAAAAAAUAUUUAUUUUUAUGUGUUCAAAACAAAAAUCAUACAUUUUUAAACUGAUGUCUGAUGAAAUAAUAAAAUUACAAAAAACAUGUCCAGACGCCAUGAUAAAAUUACCUCUUUUAACAUCUCAUAUACUGUAUACCACCAGUUUUUCUAGAAUGGAAAUGCUGAGGAAAGUUCAGUUCAUUAGCAUCCAGAUGUCGAUAUGUGUAAUAAGUGAAUUAUACUGAGAAAUACUGUAAAGCCUAUUAAUUCAGAAAGUGCUUACAUUAAAAAGUUGCCUCCCCCCUGUGCCUGUAAAGCAGCCACAAAGAAUGUCCCUCAAUGUGUUAUCUGUGUUAAAAAUACAAUAAUCCAAUAUAUUUUCAGACAUAAUAAAUACAGUUAUAAGAAAUCUUCACAACAUAGACAAAAGCAUAAAUAACAGAAAUGUAAAAGACGUAAUAAUUGUUAUCUGUGUUGUAUUUAUCGAGCCAGUUGGGACGUUGUAGCAGUCGCUGCUAUCGACUGCAGUGACUUUGUGUAGAUUGUGUUUCAUUGCCUCUGAGCCAAAUAUGUCUUAGAAUCACAACGAACAAAUUCUGUAUGUAAAUCAAACAUUUGGUAUUAUGUGUGACAAAUUAUUUGAUUUAUAUAGAGAGGCUUUUAUUGUGAAUAGUAUAUAUAUUAUCCUUUGUUUGAAAAAAAAAAAAACCUCUGCUGUAAAACAUGUGUUGGUGUGUUCGUGAACCAAAGGAUUAGAUUACAGUCAUGAAUAUUCUCACGGAAAUGGAUUUAACUUUGACUUUAGUGCAAACGUGGAGCCAUGCAGUGUCGUGAUUCAUUGACUGAAUGUCAUCAAGGCUCUCUGGCCGUCCGGCUGCUGCUGACAAAAAGCACAUUACCGAAUCAUGUUAAUGAGGCAGCUUUAAAUUUAGAGACAUAUGAUUGUCUGUACUAUAUAAUGUGAAGUGGAGUAUGACUAUAAUAUGCAAAAUUAUGAUGGGUAUGUGCUUUCUGUAGGAAUAAUUUAGUUUUUCUUAAAAAAAAAACUCUGCACUAAGCAUUUUUGCUUGAACCAAGUAAUGUAUUUGCUACUGUAAUAAGACUGAGUAAACACCUGUACAUUCCUGAUUUUUGUGGGGAGGAAAUGUCCCUUGUAGUUCUUAAUGUGGGCACCUUAACAUGACUAAAUAACUACUGUAUUCACAAAACUAAUAAAGACAUGAGCUGUAGAUCAUCUGCAGGCACAA